AUGCAUAUUGACUCAAUUAGUUACCGCCUGCUAAGGCACGUGAAGCUGAAUUCGAGUUUAACGGGCACCACUGACGAUAGCCACAUCUCUGACGUCCUUUUUGGUGUUAUUCGCCCUGCAGUAACACAUGAUACUUCGACGGAUGUGAUUGAGUUGCCCUUGCCUUGUGCCUCCCUUAAUGAUUGCGUUUGGACGACAAGCGGUACCCUCUUUUCUUGCCGUUAUGAGGUGGAGGUGAGCAUUGCCGUCUCGCUGGACUCUAGUCUUACCGCAACUGUGGGCAACGCUGAGUAUCCGUCAAUCAGUUUCACACUACCCGUGAACGUGGUGCCGCCGGACACCUGUGAGGCUCCCGCCCUUCCCGCUUGGACGUCCCUGUGUCUGGUUGCCUUGGCUGAAGAUGAAGCAGGGCUAUCGCUUCAAUCGUCCAAACCAGAUUCCCAGGAGUGGCAUGACCUUCCUGGCGGGUCUACUGGACCUUGCCAGACUGUGAGGAUUCAUGGUGGACAGCGCGGGGCCGCUGGACUCACUCCCUCUGCUGCUCAAGGCAAUCCUGAAUUCCGCAAAAUUCCUGUCUUUCGUCACCUUGGGGCAACACAACUUUGA